CUCUUUCCCCAAAUCAUCGAACGGAAUGAAAAAGUUGAGGGUUUUUGAGGAUGAAGGUUUGUUUGAAUUGCUUUGAUUGAUUUGUCUCACGCCCAUUUAGAGAAGGCCAUUGUCUUCCCUUCUUUUCUCCUCGAUUGUCUCUCCCGUCAAAUAUACUGAAGAACAAACAGCCAAUCAGAAUCAGAAUCUCCCCUUUUUCUCUCUCCCAAGAUCUCAACUCAACCCAAAACCCAAUAUCAUAUUGUUUGUUUUAACAAUGGAAGUGGAGUUUAGAGGUGUCCAAAUUCCACCCAUUCCAAUUGACCCUUUCAAUUAGUGCCCACUUUUAAUACUAAUUUACCUUUUUCAAACCCAAAAAAGAAUCAAUCUCUCCUCUCACUCGCUUCCUUCCUAAAAGUAGCCUUUGUAAUUUGUAUUGUAUUUUGCCCUUCAACUCUGUGUGCUCUUUGAGUUCUAUACUGUUCCUCUGCCACCAUUAUUAGUACCACCAUCACCUGCUCUCUUCCUUCUCAUUCUUCUCUUUGCUUUAAUGGCCUCCUCUUUCCCUCCAUUUCCAUCUCUCUUCACGCCUUUUUUUCUUCUUCUUCUCCUUCUUCUUCUCCUUCUUCUUCUCCCCCCACUUCCGUUCUCAAUCCCUACCGUCUCUCACGGUUCGGUUCUUUGAUUUUUCAUCUUCGUUUCAGAUACCCUUUUGGCCCUUUCUCCACGGUUUGCGCUCUGUUGACUUUUCUGUGUUAGAUCAAUGUAUAAGGAUAAAGGUUUAGAGGGUAGAGAAGAAGGAAAAGGGAAGUUGUGUGGGUGUGAGUGUGGUUUAAGGACGAAUAAAAAUAUGCUCUUUGGGGAAUUAGUUCCCCGUAGUUCCGGACCACGAUUCACCAGGGACUCUGGUGUUGGUGAAUCCUCUGGUUUAAAACCUCAGGAUGCAGAUUAUUCCAUUCCUUUAUUUGGUGACGAGUUGGAGCUCUCAAUCUUGGCUAGGUUUCCCCAAUCCGAGCAAUGGAAGUUGUCUUGUGUGAGCAAGAGAUAUUUUGCUCUUGUGAAGAGUGGUGAACUAUAUAGGAUCAGGAAAGAAAUUGGAUACCAAGAGUCAUCUGUUUUCAUGUUAGCAAGUGGGGAGAGUAGCUGGAUGAUGUUCGAUCGGACUUUCCAGUCGUGUCGUAGGCUUCCGGUCCUGCCAUCGGAUACUUGUUUUUUGGAUGCAGAUAAGGAAUCACUUUGUGCAGGCACAGAUCUUAUCGUUACUGGUCGAGAACUUACAGGAGGUGCCAUUUGGAGGUAUCAGCUGGCAGAGAACAAAUGGAUUAAAGGCCCUUCUAUGAUUAGUCCAAGGUGUUUAUUUGCGUCUGCCUCUUGUGGUUCUGAUGCAUAUGUUGCAGGAGGGAUUGCUCUUGAGUUCAGCACGGAAGGCGCCUUCGGUAUGGGGUUGGAAUAUGGACAAACUGUCUUGAACGCUGUAGAAAAGUAUAAUCCUGAAAGCUUAUUGUGGGAGCCUCUGCCGAACAUGCACCGGUCGAGGAAAAAGUGCUCAGGCUGUUUCAUGGAUAAUAAGUUCUAUGUUAUUGGAGGAAGAGACAAAGAUGGAAACCAUCUCACCUGUGGCGAAGUCUUUGACAAGGAGAAAAACUCGUGGAGUUUGAUUGAAAAUAUGCUGGAAGACGCUCCAAUUUCGACUUCUCAAUCGCCUCCUCUUGUUGCAGUUGCGAACAACGAGCUCUACUCACUCGAACCAUCUUCAAAUGAGCUGAAAGUGUAUUUGAAAGGGAGAAAUGAGUGGAAGAACUUGGGUCCGGUUCCAGUCCUUGCUGUUGUUAACAAUGGUUGGGGAGUUGCAUUCAAGUCAUUGGGGGAUGAACUUCUGGUGAUCGGUGCAUCAGUUGAAUCAUCUACAAACAAUUCCAUGAGCAUAUACACAUGCACCCCAGAUCCAAGGGCCAACCGAUUGCAGUGGAGGCGUCUCGAUUCCGGCACGAACCAUCUCAGUCCAUUCAUUCUCAAUUGCUGUGUCAUGGUUGCUUGAAUAAGCUCUCUCAUCAAAUCAUGUUGGUUGUCUUAAGUAUUCGAAUAAAUAAAACGAAUAUCUCAUUCGGUACUCACACAGUGGCUAUUCUAGAUUUAUGUUCUGGUAUUCUACAAGAAAAACUUGCUGAAUUUAUCUUUUCUGUCGUUAUUUUUCAUUGAUCUCCAUGCUUUCAUCU